CAUACAUUUUCUUCCUCCGCAAUGGAAGCUUCUCAUGCACCAUCAGCCGUCUCCGCGCUUUGAUCUCGGCUCGGCAGUGCGCAUGCGCACCUCACUGGCUCCUCUGCACCGUCUCCGGCAAGUUGGAUGUGCGCGCUGCUCACUCGCAUCCCGAAACCGCCUCAAAAACUGUUGAGAUGGGGAGGAUCAGGAAAAACCACUUUGGGAUUUUGACUUUUUCCCUGCUCGUCACUUUUGUCUGGACUCAAAGCGUCAAGGAUCUAAAAGAUCCCAGCAACAUGCCUCUGGUUAAGGAGACGGUGGACAGACUGAUGACUGGAUACGACAUUCGAUUGAGGCCCGAUUUUGGUGGUGCACCAGUGGCCGUGGGCAUGAACAUAGACAUCGCCAGCAUAGACAUGGUGUCCGAAGUCAACAUGGACUACACGUUGACCAUGUACUUCCAGCAAGCGUGGCGGGAUAAGCGGCUCUCCUAUUCCGAGAUCGCCUACAACCUCACUCUGGACAACCGAGUGGCCGACCAGCUGUGGGUCCCGGACACCUACUUUCUCAACGACAAGAAGUCCUUUGUGCACGGCGUCACUGUCAAGAACAGGAUGAUCCGCCUGCAUCCCGACGGCACCGUGCUUUAUGGACUCAGGUAAGCCGCUUAAAACUGCCCCCUCUUG